AUGUCACUGAUAAUGAUGUUGAUGAUAAUAACCAUGUCAGUCUUUCCUCUUUCUUCUUUACAUUCCUUCUUUCUCCUUCCCCUCCCUCCCUCCCUCCCAUCUCCUACCCCUCCCCUCUUCUUUAUACCAACUGAUAAAAUUUCAACUGAGUGGUCAAUCAUUCCAACAGCAGCAGAUAAAUACAGAGUGGUGUUGCAAAGCAGCUUAGGACUACAGCCACUGCUGGACCUGCCUGUCAGUUUGUCUGUCUGUCUGUCUACCACUUUUACCACUUUCUUCUUCUUUAUCAUCAUCUUCUUCUUCGUCUUUCCAUACAUUCUCUUGUCCAUCCUUGCCACACCAGCACCAAUAACUACCCGUCACCUCCACCCAAUGCCUAUUUCUGCAAAACUACCUCUCCUGUCCACUCGGCCUGACCACUACAUCCUUCCCAACCUUCUGUCCAUUUCUCUUCAUCUCUCUCAGUUUUUAGACAGAUUUCUUGUUCUUUCUUCCUGGACCUCUCUUUCUCUCUUUUUGUCCUCUCCCUAUUUUUCUCUUUCACUCCCACUGCCACUCCCACCACUUUCAAGACAUCUUCUCACCACCCUUACUUAUCACUGA